GUGUUCUUGAUUCUUCAUUUAUCAAAUUUCAAAUUUGAUUGAAGGAAUGAGUGAGAAAGUAUACAGUAGACCUGGUGAAGCAGGUUGUUUAGUCAGCUUUCGCCCCAAAUAUGACAACUUUAUUGGUAAUCAAUGGAUAGCACCUGUCAGGGGAAACUAUUUUGAUAACGUUUCACCAGUUGAUGGGAAAGUAUUCUGUCAAUGUGCAAGGUCAACUGCUGAAGACGUUGAGGUUGCAAUGGAACAUGCAUAUAAAGGUUGGCAAUCGUGGAAAAAAACUUCUGCACAAGACAGAGCCAAAGUAUUAUAUCAAAUAGCACAAGUAAUGGAUGAGAAUAGGGAAAAACUAGCCGUAGCUGAAGUUUGGGAUAAUGGAAAACCCAUUCGAGAAGCUCUGUUGGAGGAUAUUCCUGACGCUGCUACUCAUUUUCGGUAUUUUGCUGGGGCCAUCGCUACCCAGGAAGGUUUUCUAUCCGAAAUCAAUGAGACUCUUGUUGCCUAUCACUUUCAUGAACCCUUGGGAGUAGUUGGGUUGAUUAUUCCUUGGAACUAUCCUAUUCUUAUGGCAUCUUGGAAGUUAGCACCUGCAAUAGCAGCUGGAAACUGUGCCAUUUUAAAACCAGCAGAACAAACUCCUGCUUCUAUUCUGGUAUUGAUGGAAUUAUUAAUGGAAGUUAUUCCACCAGGAGUUAUUAAUGUCAUAAAUGGCUAUGGACCAGAAGUAGGGAAACCUUUGGCUCUUCAUCCAAAGGUAAAAAAAAUUGCCUUUACAGGUGAAACAGCAACAGGUCAAGAAAUCAUGAAAUAUGUUGCGGAUAACAUCAUUCCUGUGACUUUGGAAUUGGGUGGCAAGUCUCCCAACAUAUUCUUUGAAGAUAUUAUGGAUAAGGAUGACGGCUUAUUAGAGAAGGCCAUAGAAGGUGCCAUGAUGUUCUUAUUAAAUCAAGGAGAAGUCUGUACUUGUCCUUCACGUGCUCUUGUUCAAGAAAGUAUAUUGGAAAGGUUCCUAGAAAGAAUGCAAAGGGUUCUGAAUAAGAUACGUCAUGGUGACCCUUUGAAUACCAGCACUAUUAUUGGAGCCCAAGUAAGUCUAGAACAAGUGCAACGUAUCAAAAAAUACAUUAAAAUCGGCAAAGCAGAAGGAGCCAAAUGUAUAACUAUAUCCAACUGCAAGAAUGAUAGUCCCUAUCAACAGGAUCCUUGUAUCUUUUUAGGAAAUAACCAUAUGAGGGUUUUUCAAGAAGAGAUUUUUGGACCUGUACUUUGUAUCUGUACUUUUCAAGAUGAAGACGACGCUAUUCAAAUGGCUAAUGAUAGUUCAUAUGGACUUGCUGCAGGAGUGUGGACUCGUGACAAUAUUCGAGGAUAUCGUGUGUCACGACAAUUGGAAGCCGGACGAGUUUGGUUGAAUUGUUACAACGAAUUUCCCGCCCAUUCAGCUUUUGGAGGAUAUAAAAAGUCUGGCUUUGGACGAGAAUGUCAUAAGAUUGCUUUAGAACACUAUCAACAGAUCAAAAAUGUUAUAGUCAACUACAAAGACCAACCUUUGGAGCUAUUUUAGUUUACAAGAAAGUUCAUAUACACAUG